AUGGAUGCCUCUAGACUGGGAUUUGGUGUGGUAAUCAGAAGGUUAGAUAUUGAUUCAGAUAGAAGAUGUGUAUUUGUGACAAUGAUAUGCGAAAGAAGUGAGAAAUAUAUACCUCUUCUCCGGAAUUUUAAACGAAAUGUCAUCGGUUCAAGAAAAUGUGGGUGUCCCGUUAAGUUGUGUGGUUAUAUGUUGGCAAACAAGAAAUGGAGAUUUAAUGUCAUAUAUGGUUUACAUAACCAUGACUUGUGCGAAAAGUUAGUCGGUCAUCCAAUUGUGUGUCGCCUCAUGCCGGAAGAGAAGGAAUAUGUUGCGGAUAUGACAUUGAAUUUGGUUCAACCAAAAAAUAUAUUUGCAACUUUGAAACGUAAAAGAGCAGAAAAUAUCUCAAAUAUCAAACAAGUGUACAUUACUCGGUACCAAACUAACAAGGCGUUAGGGGAGGAUAAAGCUGAAAUGCACCAACUCUUAAAACUGAUGGAUGAUAACAGUUAUGUGUCUAGGUACCGAACGUGCGAGGAUGGAGUAACUGUUAGAGAUAUGUUUUGGACUUAUCAUGAUUCCAUAAAGUUGUUCAACACGUUUCCUACUAUGCUCAUAAUUGAUUCAACAUACAAGACAAAAAAUUACAGACUUCCAUUAUUGGAGAUAGUUGGUUUUAUCUCUACUGAGAAGACCUAUUAUGUCGGGUUUUCAUUUCUAGAGAGCGAAAAAGACGAGAAUGUUACUUGGUCCUUACAGGUGUGUCAGGCAAUGUUGAAGGACCAAGAAGAGAUGCCUGAAGUGGUUGUUACUUACCGUGAUACCGUCUUGAUGAAUUCGGUUGCAAAGAUAUUUCCUACUUCUUAUGCAUUACUUUGGACGAAACAGAUAAAGUCUAAAGAUGGAAAAAUUGUGAAGACGGGUGUGAUUGUGGAAAAUGUAAUGGAUGCAUGGAAUGGCAUAGUAAAUUCUUCCAUUAAAGAUUUAUAUGUUGAUUAUGUUAUGCAUUUCAAGAAAGUGUGUGAAAAAUAUCAUGAUUUGUUGAAAUAUGUUGAAAGCACAAUUCUUGACCAGGUGAGGGAGAAAAUUGUUUGUGCUUUGACUGAUCAGUUGGUCGGCAACAUAUCUCGAGUGGGUUUGAAUUAUAUUUUUCGCGAAGCUAAACGAGCUGAUAAUAUAGGUUCCGAUAGCGCAAAGUAUCUGAAAUAUGAAGUCAACUAUCUUCUACCUUACAGAGACAAUAAAAAAAUUGUCAAGUUCAAGUACCGUUCACCGUCAAUUGACAAUGAAUGGAAGAUUGAGUUUAACAACUUUGAGCUCAAGACGGGUGCAGAUGUAAGAGUUAUUUGGAAUAUAUGUUUUUCAAUUUCAAACAAAAGUUCCGCUCGGGUUGGAAGCGACGAUUUUAAGAUCGGUCAAAAAUAUUGUAAAGAUGUGAAGCGUCCAACUAGAUAG